UUUGUAAUUAUCUUAAGAUGGCUGCAUUAGUUUCACCCAUCAUGCCUUACAAAAUGGUAACCAAAGUAGGAAAGGAAGUGGCAGGUAAAAAUGGGCCUUCUUGUGCAUUUCUCAUCAGGGAAGAAAGCCUCUCACAGAAUCCCUUCAGAAUUCCCCUCAAAUUUCAUUGACCAGAGCUAGGUCCUAUGCUUACUACUAGUUCAGUCACCAGCAGAAGGAAUAGGAAUGCUGACUAUCUGGACUGCCGUAUUUUAUCCCCUAGGAACAAGCCUUGGCUGUCCCAGUGAAUCAGAAUUUUAUCUUCAUAAGGAAGAAGGGGCAGCAGGCAGGUCCUAUGGCAGUGUGUACAAAGCUAUUCACAAAGAGACUGGUCAGAUUGUUGCAAUUAAGCAAGUUCCAGUGGAAUCAGACCUACAGGAGAUAAUCAAAGAAAUCUCUAUCAUGCAGCAAUGUGACAGCCCUCACGUAGUCAAAUAUUAUGGCAGUUAUUUUAAGAACACAGACUUGUGGAUUGUUAUGGAGUACUGUGGGGCUGGUUCCGUGUCUGAUAUCAUUCGAUUACGGAAUAAAACGUUAACAGAAGAUGAGAUAGCUACAAUAUUACAAUCAACACUUAAGGGACUGGAAUACCUUCAUUUUAUGAGAAAAAUACAUCGGGAUAUCAAGGCAGGAAAUAUUUUGCUAAAUACAGAAGGACAUGCAAAACUUGCAGAUUUUGGGGUAGCAGGUCAACUUACAGAUACCAUGGCCAAACGGAAUACAGUGAUAGGGACAAAACCAUUUUGGAUGGCUCCAGAAGUGAUUCAGGAAAUUGGAUACAACUGUGUGGCAGACAUCUGGUCAUUGGGAAUAACUGCCAUAGAAAUGGCUGAGGGAAAGCCCCCAUAUGCCGAUAUCCAUCCAAUGAGGGCCAUCUUUAUGAUUCCCACCAACCCUCCCCCUACAUUUCGAAAGCCAGAACUAUGGUCCGAUAACUUCAUGGAUUUUGUGAAGCAAUGCCUUGUAAAGAGCCCUGAGCAGAGAGCCACAGCCACUCAACUCCUACAGCACCCGUUUGUCAAAAGUGCCAAGGGAGUGUCAUACUGGCGGGACUUAAUUAACGAGGCCAUGGAUGUGAAGCUGAAACGCCAGGAAGCCCAGCAGCGGGAGGUGGACCAGGAUGAUGAAGAGAACUCC